AUGAAUCUUGUUUUCCAAUUGGUUCUUUCCUUCGUCUUGCCUCUUCCCGUCGUCGUUUUUGCCAACACACCGGACGUGGUCUACUUGAGUGCGGUCCCAAGCAGUCACACUUUCUAAUCGCCCCCUCUCAGCCUCAAUCUAUCAGCCUCACUUCAUUCCGUGCAAAUACGGAUCCCUGACGACGUUCCAACAGCCCCAUUACGUUUCUGUGGCCGGUGACGUGUCAAAAGAGGCAUGGAGAUGUCCGAAAGGAUGCGAGACGAUGCAUGUCCCAGUGCCGUACACGAACAGAAAAGCGAUCGUUUGCUGUCUUCCGGAGACUCCGUGGAAGCAUCGCAACACUAUUUCAGGAGGGGAAAAGGCCGGAGUCAUGUGAGUCAAAUCGUUUUUUCGGUCAUGAUCCUUGAUUCAGAAAGACUGGCGAUUCGCUCAACGGACUGUUCAAAGUAACCAAUUGGCUGAGUCUUUCCUUUCCUGAAGUCGUUCCCAGGGCGAAACCUAAUGGGACCAGAUCCAAAAGAGAUACCAUUGGUCAGGAGAACGACAGAAAAGUGCUAGAAGGCUCGAAAAGUGCGACGAAGGGCAGCUUCGGAUUCAUGCUCAUUGGAGCCGCCAUCGCUCAGGCACUCGUCCUCGCGGUCGUCGUGUUCGCAUAUUACGGCAGUGAUCAGCGGAUCGUACUCGGUAACCAACUCGUCUAGUGAUUUGAUUCAAACUGUUGAAUUGUUUCAGAAGCUCCUUCUGAUUGUGAUUAUGAAAUCAAGCCGGAAGUGAAGGUGCACAAUCCGUCAAAGAGUGUAAGUUGCGGAUCGAAUCAAAGGCCCACUCAAACGUUUCGUUUUCAGAUGAUGAUGUCAGAGAAUAUGAACUCGGAUCUCAUGUCCAUGUCGCAAGGAGCGCUCUAA